UUUUCUUCCCGCACGUCACUGAGAGCUGCUGCUUUGAGCUUUCUGUGAGCACCUGAACGCAACGCGAGAGCAUCAGCGAGGGGCGUUUAAGAAGAGGAGGAGGAGGAGGAGAGGAAGAGUGGAAGCGUAGCGAGGAGAAGAAUGAAGAACAUCCCUGGAAUCUGAGCUGGAGGACGGGGAAAACGUCCUCGCUGUCUCGUUAGAGACCGACAGGAAGCAGCAUGGAGGAGAAGCGGUUUCUUUGCGGGGUGGUGGAAGGUUUCUAUGGACGGCCCUGGUCCAUGGAUCAGAGGAAAGUUCUCUUCCAAUGGAUGCAGCGCUGGGGGUUGAACACCUACCUGUACGGUCCAAAAGAUGACCUGAAACACAGACUGCUGUGGAGAGAAGUCUAUUCUCCGGAGGAGGAGGCUCAGUUGCGGACUCUCAUAGCAGAGGCCCAGUCCAAAGGCCUGAGGUUUGUUUACGCCCUGUCUCCUGGUCAGGACAUCGUCUUUUCAUCUUCUUGUGACUUGACGCUGCUUAAACGCAAGUUGAAACAGGUCUCAGACCUGGGUUGUCAAGCAUUUGCCAUUCUCUUUGAUGACAUCGACCACUCCAUGUGUCAGGCUGACAGCGAGGCCUUCACCUCAUUCGCCCACGCUCAGGUCACAGUAACCAAUGAGAUUUAUCGGUUCUUGGGGGAACCAGAUGUCUUCCUUUUCUGCCCUACAGAAUACUGCGGUUCUUUGUGCUCCCCCAGUGUGUCCAAGUCUCCCUACCUGCAAACCAUCGGAGAGGACCUCCUGCCUAAUAUCACAGUAAUAUGGACAGGCAACAAAGUCAUUUCCAGGAAGCUGUCUUUAGACUGCCUCGCCGAGGUGGAAACUGUCCUCCAGCGGUCCCCGCUAAUCUGGGACAACUUGCACGCCAACGAUUAUGAUUCCAGACGCCUAUUCCUGGGGCCUUUCAAGGGUCGAGACCCUCAGAUUAGGAGCCACUUAAGGGGCCUGCUGCUCAACCCCAACUGCGAGUUUGAAGCCAAUUACAUUCCACUGCACACGCUGGGAAGCUGGUACCGAACAGGAAAUGAGGAUCUGAAAGAUGAAGAGUGUGAGUAUUGUCCUGAUGGAGCUCUGACUGCUGCGCUCCGAGACUGGAUGGAAGAACUCAACCAGCCUCUACAAGCAGGUCGUCAGAGCUCAAGAGCCGACCAGCGUGUCUCUGUAUCGUCGCACUCCAAAACUCCUGACAGGUCGGGCAGUCGUUCCACCUUCAGGGCCUCCUCCGCUGUGGCCAAACUCCCAGUCUUCCCCCUGGACUCCAGCUCCCCUCCGUCCUCCCCGCCUAUGGGUAAAAGGGAGACGGAUGGUGAAAAAGAGAGGACACACCAGCCCGCUCAGCAGCCUCCUGGAUCCAGGCCUGGGGCGCCCGCGGGUGGAGGCCGGGUCCAGAAGGCCCAGGGUCGGGGGCUCUGCGGCGGGAAGGGCCUGCUGACCGAGGCUCAGGUUCGGCUGCUGGUUGGUCUUCAUUAUCUCCCCCACGAGCACGGCUCCUCGGCCCAGAAGCUGCUGCAGGAUCUGACCUGGCUGAAAACAAACUGCCACCUGGUCAGCACCAGCGGGAAGAAGUCGCCACCUCAGAAGGUUGAUGAGUGGCGUGGACGGGCCUCCAGGUUCCUGUCUCUGUGUGAAGAAAUAGCGCAGCUCCACUGCAGUGUGGUGGGCGGGGCCAACAGGGCUGUGCUCUAUGACCUUUACCCUUAUGUAUGGGACCUGAGAAACACGGCUCUGGUGACCAAAGCCUUCAUAUCCUGGCUGGACGGACGGGUGCUGAGUGACAGCUCAAGCCUCGGCUCCUGGAGGAACUGCUUCCACUGGUGUGGAAAGACCACAGGAGGGGACGUGUUGGGGGUGGACUCAGAGCCGUGGGUGUUCAAAGGGGGCGUGUCCGGAGAAGUGCAGAUGCUCCUCCCAGUAGGCAGCAGCAGCGAGCUCUUCACUCAUCCCCCUCCUCUCUUCCCUACCUCUCGCCUUUACAACAUCAGACCCUAUCACAACAAAGACAAGGUGGAGCUGUAUCGGAUGGUCCGCCAGCUUCACCUGAGAACUCAGGGUGACCAGGAGUCCAGCAUGGCUCAUCCAGACAUUGUUGGAGACAGAUGUCUCGGCCCGUGUCUGGCGCUGAGCCCCGAGUACAGCUUCAUCCUGGAAGACGAGCUGGGCGUGUGCGGCUGCGUCCUGGGCAUCCUGGAGGUCCGCUCCUUCGCCAAGCGCUGCCAGGCCAGCUGGAUACCUGCCAUGAGAGACAAAUACCCACCCAAGGGGAACAACGCACACGCCAACACGCAGCAGGACUUGGUACGGUUAAUGGAGGAGGACCAGGGGGAGUACCCCGACUCGCUGCUUUACCACUUCCCCUCUCAGCUGCGACUGGACGCCCUGCCCGAGCUGGUGGACGUCAGCGUCAGCCGAACCCUGAUCGCUGCCCUCCUCAUCGCGCUCAAGGCCAACGGUUCUCAGGGUGUGUUCUGCGAGGUGCAGCCCACGGACCAUCAGAGGCUGGAGUUCCUAACCAAACUGGGCUUCCUGGAAAUCCUGAGAGGAGAAGCCAGGAGCAGGGAGGGGGUGGUGCUGGGGAGGCUGCUCUGAACACGUUCAACGCGCAAACACACACACCUUCACACAUCCACAGCUCCGAACAAACACGAGAAACAUGAACAUCUAUCAGCUUGUCGACUGAUACGACUUGUACCGGGUUUAUGAAAGUUCUUUGUGUCUUCAAACACAGGAAAUAGGAAACUGUCACGACUGCUCUCAUGGUUUCAUGGGUCGUCAUCGAGGUGUGGUGUUAAAAACACUCCUAACAUCAAACCAAAUAAUGUUUACUCUCUUUUAGCUCAAUGAUUGUUUACAUGCAUGAACAUCGUGGAGGUUUGUUCAGAGCAGGGCUACAUGUACGACCAUGUAAAACACAAGCAAAUACGAUUUUAAAGGCAUGCGCUUCGAAACAAACUCAACUUCCCAUUGGAUGUGUGUCACCCAUUAGAGUUGUAAAAAGCUUAAGAACUCAUUUCUGCAUGCUAAAACUCAGUAGAGACUGAGACACCAAAAAAACAAACAAAAAAACCUAUAAAAUAUGUUCGUACACUGACUGUAACAGAGUUUACAUUUGGUUCUGUUGGGUCAAACAAACCUCUUCCUGUUUUCACAGCUGUCAGAACAUUUCCAGUGUGUGUUCAGUUUGUUUGAGUGUUGUGUGGAGCUUAAACACACACACACACACACACACACACACACACACACACACACACACACNCACACACACACACACACACACACACACACACACACACACACACGAUCAAAUGAAGCACAAGCACUCACAAUCAAAACUUUUCACUGAAAGUAUGUCGGACCAUGAAUGUUCAUUUCUUUUUAUUUCACUCAAAAAAAAGUACAAUUUGUGCAAGUAUUUAUUUAUUUAUUUAUUUAUUUAUUUAUUUUUUUUUUUACAAAUAUGCUUAAUCAGAUUGAAAGGCACUUUUGUACGAUUAAUUUUGAAAGUCUCAAUGACGUUUUUCUUUAAGGUGCUUAAUAUCAAUAAUAAUAAAUAAUAAAGUUAAGUUUGGAGAUCACUUAGACCAAAAAAAAAGAAUAAAAAAAGAAAUGCACGAUGUGAAGCAAAGUCUAAAAAAUGUUUCUCCAUUCCAAAACGUCACGGCACUUUUGAAGAAAAAAAAAUAACAUGUUUCGGGGUAAAGAUGGGGGUGUUUCUGUGUUGUGAUUAGAAAUGUGUGUAAUUUUAGGCAAGUGUGUUGUAGAAAACAGCAGGGGGGAUUUAAACAGUCAACAUGAACCACUGUGAAAAACGGAGACAAAAUGAACUUUUAAUUCUGAGGCCAACAAUCGUAACAUUCUGUUCACCACUAAUGACACUAACAGGUUUUAUUUUAACUCCUGGUUGAAGCAGCAGAUAAUUGUUUCUGUUUUGUAACAAACGGUUCAGUGCAGCGCAGCACGUCUAUGCAGGGUAACAAAUAAAAAAAACUAAAAUGAAGAAUUCAGUCUGUUUUUUUAUUUUUAAGUAACAGUAAGAACUGUCACUCUAAAGCAAUGUUUUUGAACUAACUUGUUGAUUUUCAUGUUUAUUAAAAGAACUUUUCUUUCCCCUUU